UAUUUAUUUAGUUCCAAUAGUACUCACAGUUUUUUUAUAAUUAAUUUUAAAAAAAUUAUCAGCUUUUGUGAUCUGUCUUUGGUUUCAUCGAGAUGGCGGAUCGCGACCGUGAGAGGCACAUGCAAGUUAGUCACCCUUACGAAGGCGGUCAGGGCAUCAAGAGCAUCCUUCCUGAACGUGGCCCCUCUAGCACUCAGGUUUUGGCCCUCUUGACCGGUAUCCCGGUAGGAGGCACGCUCCUCGCCCUGGCCGGUCUGGCCUUGGCCGGUUCGGUGAUCGGCCUGAUGAUCGCCACCCCACUCUUCAUCAUUUUCAGCCCGGUCAUCGUCCCUGCCGCGAUCACGAUAGGGCUCGCCGUGACUGGGUUCCUGUCGUCGGGCCUGUUCGGGCUGACGGGUCUGAGCUCGAUCUCGUGGGUAAUGAACUACCUGCGUGGCACAAGACGGUCCAUGCCCGAGCAGAUGGAAUAUGCCAAGCGUAGGAUGGCUGACGUGGUCGGAUACACUGGUCAGAAGACCAAGGACGUCGGCCAGACCGUUCAGAGCAAGGCCCAAGAAACCUCCAGGACCUGAAGAAGAAGAGGGAUAGUUCCGUAAUGUCGUUGCUGAUGACGUCACGUUGGUAUGUUGUUGUUUUUUAUUUGGGCCGGAAGGCCAAACAUAUGGGCCGUACGGUUCAUAGUAAGGCCCAUAAAGGAGAGCAUGGGCAGUUCCGUAGUUUCGCUUUUUGGGUUGUGUGCGUGUGUGUCGUUUACUUUCUACUUGUGGAAAUAUUUAAAUGUUUUGUAAUCCCUCGACCAGUUGUAUAAUUUGUGUUAAAAGAUUUUGUACUUUUUUUAGAAUAA